AUGUCCACAAUCCAGAACAUCCACUCUUUCAACCCCUUUGCUGAUGCAAGAAAGGGUGAUGACCUGGUACCUGCUGGCACUGAGGAUUAUAUCCAUAUAAGAAUUCAACAGAGAAAUGACAGGAAGACCCUUACAACUGCCCAAGGGAUUGGUGAGGAUUACAAUAAAAAGAAAAUAAUGAAGGCAUUUAAGAAGAAAUUUGCCUGCAGUGGUACUGCAGAAUAUGGAGAAGUAAUUCAGCUACAGGGUGACCAGCGCAAGAACAUAUGCCAGUUCCUGAUAGAGAUUGGAUUGGCAGAAGACGAUCAGCCGAUGGUUCAUGGGUUUUAA